CUUAUUUUCUUCCCAUUACGAGAAUUGGCGUUAGCUUUACCUCGUCUACAAAGUAGAAAAGUACAUCAAAUAUCAACGGACGUUUCAUUUUUGUGUUUCACCCACCAAUCACCCUGGAAUGAAACACAAACAGACACCAUCUCUUCUGAAUUUGAAUGCAUACCUACGCCUCAUCAAUUCUGAUCACGAGUAGUACCUCCUUCAUUUCGUUUCACCUCCCAAUUCUUUCUCUUUCUACUUUUACUUUUUAGAUUGGAUCGCUAAAUCAACAUUAAUCAUAUCAUACCGAAGCGUCUACUACUAAUUUCAAACCCUGAUCGGACUUCUUCCUGUUUUCUUCUUCCAGACAAUUCGAAGUUACAUAUAAUAUAAUAUAAUGCCGCAAGAAAUUAGCCCGAAUCCAAUGUUAUUGAACACACCUAGCAAGAACUCCAGAGGACUCAAAGGUCUCGCAAAUGGCGCCACCGAAGAGUUCAUUGAUGAUCGUGAAUUAGCGCAGAGAAAAGCCGAAGCAGCAGCGGCGAGGAGGAACCAGGCGGCCGAAUGGCUACGACAAAUGGAUCACGGUGCAGCGGAGGUACUGUCCACCGAACCCUCCGAGGAACACUUCUGUCUCUCUCUUCGCAAUGGCCUCAUCCUCUGCAAUGUCCUCAACAAAGUCAAUCCCGGUGCAAUUCCGAAGGUGGUAGAAAUUCCAAUCAUCGAUACGGAAGGAGCAGCGCAAACCACAAUUCAAUAUUUCGAAAACAUGCGGAAUUUCUUAGUUGCUGUUGCUCGAAUGAAGCUUCUUACCUUUGAGGUGUCUGAUCUAGAAAAGGGAGGCUCAUCUGGUAAAGUCGUAGAUUGCAUUCUAUGUUUGAAAGGUUAUUACGAGUGGAGGCAAUCCGGUGGGGUUGGAGUUUGGAAGUAUGGUGGGACUGUAAGGAUCACUUCAACCUCAUUUCCAAAGGGAUCACCUUCCUCUUUAAUUGGCAGUGAAAGCGCUGAUGAAUCUCUAGAUGAAUCUGAGUCUUCACAAUUUGAAGAGUUGCUCGAGUAUCUUCAUCUAUCAAAUGAGGUGUCUCUUCACGAAUCAAAAGUGUCAACCGCACUUACCUUCCUCUUUGACCAUUUAGGUAUUGGGCUUUUGCAGACUUAUCUCACAGAGACUAAUGAGCUUGAUGACUUUCCCAUGAAUUCAAUGGUUAUUGACAUAGUUCUCAGGAAGGCUGUUAAAGAUCUUUCAUCAUUACUUAUCUCUCAAGGAAAUCAGCUUGGUGUCUUUCUGAAGAACAUGUUAAAAGGCAACUGCAAGCCUUUAUUAAAGCAUGAAUUCCUACAAGCCAUUUCAAACUAUAUCGACCAAAGAUCAGGUUUAGUUUCAAAUGAGUUAUCAAAGUUUUGCAUAUGUGGUAACAAGGGUAAAGACAUUAGUUACUUAACUGACAAAACAAGCGUGCUGGAUGUUCAACAAAAACAACUAGAGGAGCUAAAAGCUAGCUUUCAUUUGACAAAACUGGAAGUCCAACAAGCUCAUCUAACUUGGGAACAAGAGCUUAAGAAAAUUGCACAUCAUACUAAGGACCUUGAAGUAGCCUCUUCUUCAUACCACAAGGUAUUGGAAGAAAACCGACAACUUUACAAUCAAGUUCAAGACCUAAAAGGGGCAAUAAGAGUUUAUUGUAGAGUGAAACCCUUUGUACAUGAGCAAUCUGAUGAACAACAUUCGACAGUUGAUUAUAUUGGAGAAAAUGGAAAUAUUAUGAUUGUUAAUCGUCAAAAGCAAGGCAAGGAGGCUAGGAAGAUGUUCACUUUCAAUAAGGUGUUUGGAGGGAAUACAAGUCAGGAGCAAAUAUAUUUAGAUACCCAACCAUUGAUUAGAUCUGUGCUUGAUGGUUAUAAUGUUUGUAUCUUUGCAUAUGGCCAGACAGGCUCCGGGAAGACAUACACAAUGAGUGGCCCUGACAUGACAACAGAGGAUACAUGGGGCGUCAACUAUAGAGCCCUACGAGAUCUGUUUGAAUUAACAGAGGCAAGGAUGGAUGUAAUAAAGUAUGAGGUUGGAGUUCAAAUGAUUGAAAUAUACAAUGAACAAGUCAGAGAUCUCCUGGCAAUUGAUGGCUCCAAUAGAAGGUUGGAUAUACGAAACAAUUCCCAGCUGAAUGGUCUUAAUGUUCCUGACGCGUCUUUGGUUUCUGUUAAAUGUACACAAGAUGUUCUUCAUCUCAUGAGAAUUGGUCAUAGAAAUCGUGCAGUUGGUUCUACUGCUUUAAAUGAACGCAGUAGUCGUUCUCACAGUGUUGUAACUGUUCAUAUCCGAGGGAAAGAAGUAGUUUCCGGAUGUAGUUUAAAGGGUUGCCUUCAUCUAGUGGAUCUUGCUGGAAGUGAGAGGGUGGACAAAUCAGAGGCAGUUGGUGAACGCCUUAAGGAAGCCCAACAUAUUAACAGAUCGCUGUCUGCACUUGGAGAUGUCAUUUCUGCCCUUGCACAAAAGAGCACACACAUUCCUUACAGAAACAGCAAGCUCACUCAAGUAUUGCAAGAUUCUCUUGGUGGACAUGCUAAAACUCUCAUGUUUGUGCACAUAAAUCCCGAGAUUAAUGCCAUUGGAGAGACAAUCAGCACCCUCAAAUUUGCCGAGAGGGUUGCCUCAAUUGAACUUGGCGCCGCUAAAUCUAAUAAAGAAACUGCUCAACUUAGAGAGAUGAAAGAAGAGAUAUCCAAUCUGAAGCUAUUGUUGGAGAAGAAAGAGGCUGAAUUACAACAAUUGACAAGUGGGAAUAAUAAUAACACACGAGGUGGAGGUGGAGGUGUAAUUUCACCUGUUGGCAUGCCAAGACCAAGAUGUAACCAAACAAACCCCAAUCAACAUUGUGUUGAUGAUAUUAAUAAGCUUCCUCCUUCUGAGCAGGUUCGAAGCUGUUCAUCAGGUAAGCAAAGGAGGCCACGGCUCCCUUCCAAGUUCACAGACAAGGAUUAUAUUCCCAAAAUGCCCCUCCUGGCAGAAGAGGGAUCUCAAUCCCCCAGUACUAUUAGAAGAUCAAUAUCCACAGAUAGAGAUAGAGGAGCCUACAUGAAAAUACAAUAUCCCAUUCGUGCCUCUGUCAACAGAUCGCUAGCAGUAGCAACCGAGAAUAGAAGAGGGUAUUUAAGUUCACAGGAUGAUAAGUUUUCUGAAACAACAUUAAAUACUCAUAAUCAUCUUCCUUCUAGGAGGAAAGGCAAUCAGGAGCAAGAAGAAGAGCAAAUGCUUAAUGUUGUUAGAGAAGGAAAGAUUAAUAAUCCCAAAAAUCAAGUGGCAGUUAAGAUUAGUAAGUCCACCUCCACCACCUUGGAGUUGGAGGAGGGUGAAUUAUCAUCAGAAAAUGAAAAUGUACAAAUACACAUUCCAAUGAAAAAGCUUCAACGCAGCUCAUCAAGAAGUCAUCAUCACAUGGAAGUCAGGGAAUCCCUUCUUAUAACAACUGGUGGUAGAAACGAAAACAAACCCUCAAACAACAACACAUCAAUUCCUAAAUUGUUUAGAAGGAGCCGUUCUACACCUCGAGGGAAAUUUAUGCUUCUACCUUGAUGAAAAUGAAACCAAACCUGGUGUGAUGUGAGUAUAGCGUUCCUUCAUUUUUGUUUUAUGUAUAGCAUAAUGGUGCUUCAUUUUUUGGAUUGCGAGUGUGGGAGUCUCUCUAAUUGUUUUUUAUUAUAAUUUUUUUUUCUAAAACAAAUUACAUUUGUAACAUGAUUGAUUCCCUCUGUUUUGACAUGAUUGGAGUAUUGGUUCUUUUUUUGUUCAGAAAGGUGACAA